CCCAUGUGAAGUCAAUGUUAGCCUUUAUAUCAACAGCAUUGAUUCGAUAGAUGAACAAAAAAUGGAUUUCACCUUAAGUACAUUUGUUAGCCAGGAGUGGAUCGAUACAAGACUUAGUUUUAGAAAUCUUAUACCUGCGGAUUACCUCGAACUUGAUUCUCGGUUGAUGGAAAAUGUUUGGGUUCCAGACUUGUAUGUUCGCAACGAGAAGCAAGCGUAUUUCCAUACUGUCACUAUUCCGAAUAAAAUGUUACAUAUUUAUAAAAACGGUGUUGUGAAGUACAGAUCCAGAAUCACUUUGACAGCUUCUUGUCCGAUGAAACUACACAAAUAUCCUAUGGAUAGACAAAUGUGCUCGUUGUUUAUACAAAGCUUUGCCUUUACAACAAAUCGUUUGGUAUUUCGUUGGCGGGAAAUGGAACCUAUACGAAUGAAUCCGAAUCUCGAAUUGCCUCAGUUUACACUGUAUAGACUUGAGACUGAAAACUGCACAGAAUAUGGAGAAGGCAAUACCUGCUUACAAUUUAAUAUAUAUCUUGAAAGAAACAUUGGAUUUUAUAUGAUACAGACAUAUAUUCCGAGUGUACUCAUUGUAAUGUUGUCAUGGUUAUCGUUUUGGCUAAAUGUUGAUGCCGUUCCUGCUCGGAUCUCCUUAGGCAUACUCACUGUUCUUACAAUGACAACCCAAAGGAGCAUGUCCAAUGCUUCGCUACCAAGAGUGUCUUAUGUAAAGGCCAUUGAUAUAUGGAUGGCCGUUUGCCUUUGUUUUGUUUUUUCUGCUCUACUAGAGUACGCAUGCGUCAAUGUCAUAGCUCGAAACCAGCUCAGACGGAGAAUACGAAAGGAAAUAAGAGAUCAUCAGAAUGGUAUACAGGAACCAAGAAAUGGUCUCAUAGGUGGAUUACUGAUAAAGCGAUCACGUGACAACGCCCAGAAUGUAGAUGAUGUAUGUAGAGUUGUGUUUCCAGUGACUUUUAUGGUGUUUUGUGUUGUUUAUUGGAGCUGUUAUCUAACAAUUCGUUAACGGUGGUGUCUUUUGAGCACAAAGAUACUUACAUGAACACUAGCACGGUUGUUUUUUUUUGUUGUUGUUUUUUUUUAAUCCCAAGAAGUAACUCCGUUUAUUGUCUCUGUAAUAGGUAAAAUAGGGUCGGGAAUCCAUCCACUAUAUUACCUUACAAUUUAUUAUAAUGUUACAAAAAACAUAAGGGCAUUUAUAUCAUACAUAAUUUUAUAAUAUAUACAAUUCACAGAAGAUAAAUGUUUUCUUGGGAUUCGGAGUAUUUCAUUUCCACAAAAACAAAAACUGGAUAUAAUAUACUCAAACUGUAAUAUGUAAGUAGUUACACGGUUGUUACCUAUCUGUAGAUA